AUGGUUCUCAAGGCUGGUGACAAGUUCCCUGAGGGCGUCAAGUUCGGCUGGGCUCCUAUCCUCGACGAGGACCCGACUGUCUGCGGUAUCCCUCAGCUCUACGACGCCAACAAGGAAUGGGCUGGCAAGAAGGUUGUCAUUGUUGCCGUCCCUGGUGCUUUCACCCCCAGCUGCUCCGCCUACCACCUCCCUCCCUACGUCCAGAAGUUCGACGAGCUCAAGUCCAAGGGCGUCGACAUUGUCGCCUUCAUCGCCAACAACGACGAGUUUGUCCUCAACGGAUGGGGCAAGGUCAACCGCGUCCCCAAGGGCGAUGACUUCCUCAUGCUCGCCGACAACAAGACCUUCUUCUCCGAGAACUACGGCUGGCAGGCAGGACCCAACAAGGGCGAUCGUACUGGUCGCUGGGCUAUGAUUGUCGAGAAGGAUGGUUCCAUCAGCUAUGCUGAGAACGAGGCUAAGCUUCAGGAUGUCGAGGUUUCCUCGGUCGAGGCUGUCCUCUCUAAGCUCUAG